CCUCCCGAUUCCCGCGAAACGCCGCAGCCACAGACCACCGGAUAACGCACGGCGCGACCCUCCAAAAACACGCGGAAACUCCUUGUUUCCCAUAAAAAACCCGCCCAAAUCCCCCCGGGUCUCCGCGCCAAUCAGCAAUCGCCCUAGCAACUUGGCAACCGGCACCCCGCCCUCGCCAUGCAGCCCGACGCCAGCUCCCCCUCCCACCGCAUCGCCCGCAUCGCCGCGCACCUCAACCCCACGCGCCCGCAGAUGGAGGAGGGCGGUUCCGCGCUGAGGCCCGCGGCGUGCCGCGCCAAGGGUGGCGCGCCGGGGUUCAAGGUCGCGAUCCUGGGCGCUGCGGGUGGGAUCGGCCAGCCGCUGUCGCUGCUCAUGAAGAUGAACCCGCUCGUGUCCGUGCUGCACCUCUACGAUGUCGUCAACACGCCGGGGGUCACCGCCGAUGUCAGCCACAUGGACACCAGCGCUGUGGUUCGUGGCUUCCUUGGGGCACAGCAGCUUGAUGCAGCACUUACAGGAAUGGAUCUUGUUAUCAUACCUGCUGGCCUCCCAAGAAAACCAGGAAUGACAAGGGAUGAUUUAUUCAACAAAAAUGCUGGAAUUGUUCGCACGCUUUGUGAAGGCGUCGCCAGAUGCUGUCCUGAUGCAAUUGUGAAUUUGAUCAGCAACCCAGUGAACUCAACCGUCCCCAUUGCCGCAGAGGUUUUCAAGAAAGCUGGAACUUACAAUCCCAAGCGUCUCCUUGGAGUGACAACACUUGAUGUUGUGAGGGCUAACACUUUUGUGGCUGAGGUGCUUGGAGUUGAUCCAAGAGAUGUCAGUGUUCCUGUUGUUGGCGGGCAUGCUGGGGUAACUAUAUUACCCCUCCUGUCACAGGUCACCCCUCCAUGCUCAUUCACUCCUGACGAAAUCAAAUAUUUGACUAACCGCAUACAGAAUGGUGGCACAGAAGUUGUUGAGGCAAAGGCUGGAUCAGGCUCUGCAACUCUGUCAAUGGCUUUUGCUGCUGCGAAAUUCGGUGAUGCGUGCUUGCAAGCUAUGCGGGGUGAUGCUGGCAUUGUGGAAUGUUCAUACGUUGCUUCUGAGGUGACAGAACUGCCAUUCUUUGCAACAAAAGUGAGGUUGGGCCGAGGUGGAGCCGAAGAGAUCCUCCCUCUUGGACCGUUGAACGAUUUUGAGAGAAUUGGCCUGGAGAUGGCCAAGAAGGAACUGAGCGAGAGCAUUCAGAAGGGCAUCGCCUUCAUGAACAAGUGAAAUGACACGAAGGGAUCAUCCCCGACCCAUACGUAGAUGUAAGCGUGUCGUGAUAUAGUGCUGCUAUACUUGUAAGAUCACUUUUGUAAAGCAAUAGUAAAAAGGCUAAUUAUCCUUUAGCUACUGUAACAUUUUUCUCAGCACGGAAUAAAUCUUUAAUCUUGCUGCCCA